AUGGUGUUCGCGGGCACCAUCGUCGUCAAUGGCAGCGCCGUCUGCCUCGUCGUGCAUACCGGGAUGGCCACCGAGAUUGGCAAGAUCCACUCGCAGAUCCACGAGGCCUUGCAGGAGGACGACGACACGCCGCUCAAAAAGAAGCUCAACAAGUUCGGCGAGGCGCUCACCAUGAUCAUCGGCCUCAUAUGCAUCCUCGUGUGGCUCAUUAAGGUCAAGUACUUCUUGACCUUCGAGCUCGACGGAUGGGUGCCCAGGAACAUCCAUCCAUCAAUCUACAUCCAUCCAUGCAUCCAUCUACAUCUAAGCAAUCGUUUUUGUUUGCUAAUGUGA